AGCCUUCUUAACUCAACCCUGGAGGAUAAGAAUCUUUCAGAAAUUCCUCAUUUCAGGUUACUGUUGAAACAAUUAGUUACCAUGGAAAUCAUUCAGUGGACAUCCCUUUGGAACACAUUCAAAGAUGAGUUUGAGAAUGAGAAGAACAUGCUUGGUGGCUCUUUGAGUGAAAAAGCAGUCGAAGAUCUUAGAUUGAGAGUAAUAGAACAUAACAUCAUUGUCAUCUCAAAAUACUACUCACGGAUAACCUUGAAGAGAAUAGCAGAUCUACUAUGCCUUGGCAUCCAGGUCUGUCUUCUUUCUACCAAAUAUACUUUUCUUCAAUUUCAGAUAGAGCUAUAGAUUCUUAAGUACUCUUUUAAUUUUUAAUCGUAUAUGUUACUAAUUUUUCUUGCUAGAAGUUUUUUGGAUUAAGUUUCGAAGUUACUGGAAAUUUAUAUUAACUAAUGUUUUUCUCGAAGCUCUCUUGUAAAGAUUCAUACUGGAUGCCUUAUAAUUGAAUUGAAUUAGAAUUAGAAUUUGGGAAUUCUUGGAAUUAUUUCAGGGACGUUAGAUGUAACUAGUGAAAAACAACGCGUCUUCUGUGGUUAACAUAGUUUCCCUUUCUAAAAUUCUUACAGCAUCGUAAAUCUGAGCAAAUCAUGUGGUGUUAAGGUUGUUCCAUCUGCGAAUCUAUAAAAAUAAAUGAUAAGAAUAUGGACAAAGAGACUGCUUUUUAGUUUUUCAUAGUGCCCUGUCAUUCAAAUGGUUUCUGGGUACGUUUGGCUCAUUUGUAUGCAAGAAAUUGGCUACAGAGUGGAACCAUCCAAGCCAUGUGGGAAAUUGGCUAUAGAGUGUAGCCAUCCAAACCGCACCUUUAUGAUAUUUUCCAUAUUCUGAGUGAAACAUGACGACUUAAAAACACCAUAACCCGAACGAAAUAUUCAAAAGAACGCACUUUUCAAUAAAGACAACCUAGACAAAGCCUCAAAUUUUCUUGCCAUGAAAGAGAUGGAAAUCUUGAUCUCAAGUGGAUGGACAUGGAAUUUAUUUUAUAUAGCACUAAGUUCUUGCGAUGAGAGAGACACGUGGAAGCUAGUAUUGAAUGUCCAUUUUGCCAAAGUGACAAGUCCUUAAUGGCUUUGGGAAUCUGGGUCCACAGUUUGCUUUUCUUUUUCUAUUUAACUUCUUCCCGCUUGGUUUUAUCCGUAUUUAUUUUAUUCCCUAGUCAUGUUUCUUUAUUAUAGUAGUUCUAAAGCUUUUUUAUCUCAAUCUUCUCUGGAUCAUUUGGUUUCUCAUUCGUUUCUCGUUCAUGGUUGAA